AUGUGGCCUUUGGCGAUCGCAUCCGCCGUCCUGUCCUUCGCGUCCACGUCCACAGCCCUCUUAGCUGAGGGAAAUGUCACCCAACCACUCACCUCGCGAUUGAUCCUGCCCAAAGGCUUUGUCCCGCCGCAGGACUUUGAAAAUGUCAAUCUCGUACGUCUUAUCAACCUGGAGAAGAGCUACCCUAGGGAAUCCACCAAUGUUAUGAUCGAGAAUGUGGCCAGCUCGCCCAAGGAUGAAUACUACCUGCCUUUCAAACCUCGGCAGAUGGAGACUCUGGCGGCGUUGGAAGUAAAGGACCAGAUGAACCCAGAUGGAGACUUGCUCGAGGUGCAAGCCGUGGACUUCGACCCAGCGAGUGAAAUCCAAUUCUAUCGCAUCCGUCUCCCAGAGCCUCUCGCCCCGAAUGCAAGACAGACUCUCGGCAUCACCUACUCCUAUCUCUCCGCCCUCUCUCCCCUUCCUGCCGCCAUUGAGCAAAGUGACAAACAAUACCUGGUCUACGAAUUCUCGGCAUACUUCCAAUCACCCUACGAAACUCGGAAGCAGGAGACUGAGGUCAAGCUCCCAGGAUUGAACGUGCGUGAGUAUACCAUCAUGCCAGCAUCCUCGGACAGCCCGGAGUCACCGCGAAGGCAGGGCUCAAAGCUCACAUACGGCCCGUACUCUGGAGUCCCCGCUGGAGCUCACGAGCCAGUAUCCGUCCGAUAUGAGUUUACCAACCCACUGAUCCACGUUUCCCGCCUGGAAAGGGACAUCGAGGUCAGCCACUGGGGAGGAAACGUGGCUUUCGAAGAGCGGUACACCAUGCACAACCGUGCCGCCAACCUCACCAAGCAGUUCUCGCGUGUGGCCUGGGCCUCGCAGGCAUACUACAACCCAGCCACUACCGCUCUCCGGGAUCUAAACUUCCCCUUGAGGGUGGGAAGCUUGACACCCUACUUCACCGAUGUUAUUGGAAACGUCUCGACCUCCCGAUUUAGGAGCAACAAGCGCGAAGCCAAUUUGUUGAUCAAGCCGCGAUACCCUGUCUUUGGAGGAUGGAACUACCCAUUCCGCGUUGGCUGGGAUGCGGACCUCAAGAAAUUCCUGCGAAAGUUGAAGACGGGCGAUGGCUACGUGUUGAACGUGCCUUUCUUGGAGGGACCCAAGCAGCCCGAAGGAGUUGAAUACAAGCAUGUGGAGCUCCGUGUCAUUCUCCCCGAAGGAGCCGAGAACGUGCAGUACAGCACCACCGUCCCUCUCGUCAGCGCCGGCAUCUCUCUCCACCGGACCUUCAUGGAUACCACCGGCCGCACAUCGCUGACGCUGACGGCCCUCAACAUCGUCGACGAUGUCCGCGACCGCGAGCUGAUUGUCACUUACGACUAUCCUCUCCUUGCGGGCCUGAGAAAGCCACUCGUGAUCUUUACGAGCUGUGUAAGCCUGUUCUUGGCCGCAUGGGCGAUUGGAAGCUUGGACGUGAGCAUUCGCGGGAAGUAG